UUUUAGUGACAAGAAUAUUGUGGCUCGGGCUCUCGGGCUAGCCCUUAUCAAACAAACAUCAACAAACUGGUUGGUAAAUAUGUCAGAAAUUUGUUUAAUAUGUUUGAAAACUCCUUCUGAAUUAAUAAAAGUUUCAAAGGACGAAUCUCAAAAUGCGGAGAUCUUAGAACAACUAGCAGAAUGUGUGCCAGAAUUGAACUGGGAGCGCUCUUUUUUUGUAUGUGUUAUCUGCAGGCAGAGGCUGUAUGAUGUACAUUCUUUUAAAAUAUUAUGUAUUAACUCCUACAAUUGGUAUUGGUCACUAAAGGAUGAAGUUGUUAAAGAUGAAGAUAUAAAAGAAUCUAUAAAGGACCAAUCUAUAAGACAUAAAGACGAAGAAUCUAUAAAAGACGAAAAUAAUGAAGAAGACGAGGAUUCCUCAUUGGAAAAUAAUUUACCAUCAGACAAUGAUGAUAAUUCUAAUGAUUCCGAUUUUAAAGCGAAGCCAGUUGUACACAAACCGAAGAAAAGAAGAAAAGAAAAAAUGCUUGAAGAUAAAAAAGUUUUAUGUAAAAUUUGUGGAAAACAGUAUGCAUCGAAAUAUGUGCUAAAGAAACACACAAAAAUUUGCGAACUUAAACAUGACAAUGGUAAUGUUGGAGGGGAUGAUGAUGGUCAGCCAAAAGUUCCGAGCUGUGCUGAAUGUGGAUUGACUUUUACGAAUAAAUAUAUGCAGAAAAGACAUUUUGAUAAUGUUCAUAGUAACAAAGAUAAGAAAUAUGCUUGUGAUAUAUGUAAUCGAAGUUUUGCAUCAAUGGUUUACCUCAAUGCCCAUAAAAGAUACCAUUCCGGUGACAGACCCCACGUUUGUUCCUUUUGUGGUAAAGGCUACAUAACCGCCAGUGACUUGUACCACCACGAAAAAAUUCACGCAAAUAAAAGGAACUACCGGUGCGAAAUUUGUCCGAAAGCUUUCAACACAUCUUCAGACUUAUACAAACACAAAAUGUGCGUUCAUAUGGAUAGAUCUCAGUGGAAAUACACUUGCGAUGUUUGCGAUAAAAAGUUUCCCUUGAAAAUCAACUUAGAUAGCCACAGAAAAACGCACACAGGGGAAAGGAAUUUCCCCUGUCAUCUCUGUGACAGGAAAUGUAUCAAUAUGUCAGUAUUAAAACGCCAUAUCAUAACCCACUCUCAUUUUUAUCCGUUCAGAUGCGAGAUAUGCGAUCAAGGCUAUAAGUUCCAGAAGUCUUUAGAUAUACACAAAUCGAAAGCACACGGAAUAGGUAAUAUUAAGAUUAAACCUUCUAUCAAAAAAUUUAUUUGCCCGUUGUGUAGCAAAGCAUACACAGCAAAUAAUAAACUGCAGAAGCAUCUCAGGGCCCACGUAGGGGAAAAGCCGUUCAAAUGUCCCGAAUGCCAUAAAGGAUUUACUGACAAGAGUUAUAUAAAACAACAUUUGAAGGUGUUGCAUAAUAUGCCAAGUGAUGACAUGAAAUAAAUGACCAACCACGAAAAACGUUGAAAACCAAACUGGAAUUUGGAUGCCUCUAAUAAAUACAUACGGGACAGGGUGGGUCAAAGAAAACAAUCAUCUUGAUAUGGUAGUAUUUAUUGGAUUUUAAGGUGAUACAGUAGCGAUCAACAGAUAGCAAAAACGCGUUCCAAGAUUGCGGCUGUAAUUUUGAAUAUUUUUUCGAGAUAUUUGGUACACGUAUUCGUAAUAUAAUAAACAAUGGCGGUACAGAGCCCAAUUUGAAAAAUAUAUUAAUAUGUGGAAACUACUUUGUAAUUAAAUACAAUAUUAAAAAAACGAGCCUGUACCGCCAUUAAGAACAAAAAAAUACACUUUCUUCAAAUAAACUUUUUUAUCCGAUGCCUAGGUUUUGCGUCAUUUUGGAACUACUAAAAUUUUUUAUUUCAUUAGUAGUUCCAAAAUGACACAAAAUCUAGGCAUCGGAUAAAAAAGUUUAUUUGAAGAAAGUGUAUUUUUUUGUUCUUCUUAAUGGCGGUACAGGCUCGUUUUUUUAAUAUUGUAUUUAAUUACAGAGGAAUUUCCACAUAUUAAUAUAUUUUUCAAAUUGAGCUCUGUACCGCCAUUCUUUAUUAUAUUACGAAUACGUGUGCCAAAUAUCUCGAAAAAAUAUUCAAAAUUACAGCCGCAAUCUUGGAACGCGUUUUCGCUACCUGUUGAUCGCUACUGUUUCCUCUUAAGGAAAUGCCGAAACAGGUCGAUUUUUAUUUUUAAAUUACAAUUUUUUGAUAUAUAUUUCAUACUAGUGACGUCAUCCAUCUGGGUGUGAUGACGUAAUCGAUGAUUUUUUUAAUGAUGAUUUGAAAGGGUGUCCAAUUAUAUAUUCAGUAAUAUAAACAAUAAUAUCAUUAUUUAUACAGGGUGUGCAAAAAAAUAAUUUUGAAUUAAUUAAUGCAAAAAGAAGAAUGUAUGUAAUUUAUUUAACUCAAACUACAUUGUAUUGCUGUCAGAAAAUACAAAAAAAAAUGUUUAUUUCGCAAAUAACCAUUGCUUUUCGCUUAAAUUAAAUGUUCAAACUGUCGAGAGGUAGUUGGGAGGCUGUUUGUGAUUUAAUUUAAGCGAAAAUAUUUAUUUGUGAAAUAAAGUUUUUUUUUCUAUUUUCUGACAGCAGCACAAUGUAUUUUGAGGUAAAUAAAUUACAUACAUUCUUCUUUUUGCGUCAAUUAAUUUAAUUAAAAAAAUAUUUUUUUGGUCACCCUGUAUAAUGAAUGAUAUUAAUGUUUAUAUUACAGAAUACGAGAAUGGAACACCAUUUCAAAUGAAGUACCACACGGCCCCAUUUCCAUUAAAAAAAUCAUCGAUUACGUCAUCACGCUCUGAUGGAUGACGUCACUAGUAUAAAAUAUAUGCCAAAAAAUUACAAUACAAAAAUAAAAAGCGACCUAGCAUUUCCUUAAAAUCUAAUAACUACUAGGUUUGUUACAACACAACGAGAACCGUCAUGUAACGAUCAGGUUACUAUAAAAUAAUACGUUCCAUGCGUUCUGUGUCUGUAUAUCGUGCGUUCCAUGGGUUAUUUUGUUUACUGCGCAGGACGAUGAUCGUUACAUGGACGGUUUCUCGUCGUGUGGGAACAAACCUACUGUCAAAUAUCGAUGUGGACUCUUUUCUUGGCCAACCCUGUAUAUUUACAUUAUUUUUAAUUGUUACGUUAAGGUAUUGGUUGCGGAAUAAUUUUAACGUACUAUAUAAGUAUAAAUUAUAUUUUUUAAUAAAAACAAAUUUUUAUUUUA